GCCGCCGGCUCCGCGCACUCGCUGGGCUCCACACGUGUCAUCCCCACGUCCCCGCGCCGUCGGGCCUGGGCGACCAUGACUCCCCCGGCCCCCAGCCUGCUGCGGUGCUUGUUCCUGGGGCUCAGUGCCCUCGUGCCACCCACCUUCACGAAGCUGCAGCUUCAAGUGGCUCCAGGCUUCUCCAAUCUGCGAGUGGUGGAGGGCUCCGACGUGGUGCUCCCUGUCUGGUACACCAAACUUGGGCAGGAGUCACCCGACCCGUCCUGGAAAGUGCUCUCUGCCAUCUGGUACUUGCAAAAGAAGGAUGAGAAGACUAAACAGGUGCUGGCGUACUUCAGCACGUCUAAUGUCAUAAAAGAGUCCCGAGUGUCCCUGAUCUACCCCAUGCCCUCCCACAACCUGUCACUGAGGCUGGAGAACCUGCAGGAGCAGGACUCGGGCUUCUACUACUGCUCUGUGAACGUGGAGGGCAACAAGGACUUCAAGGACCACGACAGCAGCAAGAUGGUAGAGCUGAAUGUGCUGAUUCCUCCAGCUCCUCCAUCCUGCACGCUCCAGGGUGUGCCCCGUGCAGGGGCCAAUGUGACCCUAAGCUGCCAGUCCCCGAGGAGCAAGCCUCCUGCCCAGUACCAGUGGACAGGACCAUCCCUGUACACCAAGACCUUCAGUCCACGGUUCCUAGAUAUGGUCCGGGGCUUUCUAAACCUCACAAACCUUUCCACGUCCAUGUCUGGAGUCUAUGUCUGCAAGGCUCACAAUGAAGUGGGCAGUGCCCAGUGCAAUGUGACCAUGGAAGUGAGCUCAGGGCCUGAGCCGGCGGUGGUGGCAGGAGCCGUGGUGGGCACUCUGCUAGGACUGGGCCUGCUGGUUGGGCUGGUCCUCCUAUUCCAACGCCACCAGGGAAAGAAUGUAGAAGAGCCAGCCAAUGACAUCAAGGAGGACGCCACAGCGCCCCGGACACUGCCGUGGCCCAAGGGCUCAGAUACCAUCUCUAAGAACGGGACUCUGUCUUCUGUCACCUCAGCUCGAGCCCUGAGGUCACACCAUGGCCCCCCCAGGCCUGGUGCACUGACCCCCAGCCCCAGCCUUAGCAGUCAAGCAGUGCCCUCCCCAAUUCUGCCCAGUUUGGCCAAGUCCUCCCCAAUUCUGCCCAGGACAGAUGAAGCCCAGGCCCCGCAGGCCUCCCUCAACCAUAGUGGAGUUUCCUCCUCCACACUGACUCGCAUGGGUGGGGUCCCCAUCAUGGUGCCUGCCCAGAGUCAGGCUGGCUCUCUGGUAUGACAGCCCCACCCCUCAUCCAUCCAGUCACUCUCCUUCCUCUCAGGGUCACCCCUAACACAGAGCCCAGGUCAUAAUUAAGACCUUAAUUUCCAGGAAGGAGAAGAGGAAGUGGGUGGGGACUUAGGAAAAGCUUCCCUCCUCUUCCCUGUGAUAGCAGCUAUAAAGACAACCUGCCCCCAGGCCCUGGAGGGCCCCCUCCCCAGGGCAGUGAGUCCUCCAGACCCUGUACCUGUACCCACCCCUCUCUAACAGCACCCUCACGCCCACCCCAGCCCCCCACAUGAAUGUCGCCUGUCCUGCUGGCUAGGUUGGGUUUUUUUGGGAUGGGGAAUAGGAAAGAUUUUGAAAAACUAACUUGUAAUGUGUCUUUGUGUUUUUAUCUGGUAAAACAUCAAUAAAGAUCUGUUGUGUUUGGA